AUGCAUUCUGAACGCCGUUCCAAGAGACCCUCAACCCGACCCGCACUCCAAAUUUAUCGUCCUCCUGGACUCAGAGGUAAUGACGAAAAUUCAGCGAAUACGAAACCGAAUCAAACUGCCGGUGCAAAGCAGUUAAAAAAAGAAACUGUUAAAAAGCAGAGUGAGGAAAAUAAUAAUUAUAAUACAAUGGAAUCAGGCAAAUGUGCGAAUACAUUGAAUGGAUGUACGCGCAAAAGUACUGAUAACAAUAAUUUCUUAAACGAUAUAGCGAUUACAGGAGGAGCGCAAACGGUGAUAUCACUACAACGUAGUGAUAGCGCUUUAAGUGGUGAAUCGAUAGCAUCGUCACAGGCAUCAACGAAAUCACCCAAUUCAACAUCAAGUCGACAUCUUCAUCUAAGUGAAAAUAGUCCUCCUAAUCAUCAUCAUCAUCAACAUCAUCAACAACAACAACAACAACAAUUACAGUAUCAUUAUAAUCACCAUCACCACCACCACCGCCAACAACAACAACAACAACAUCAUCAAUCUGAAGGAGCUACUAUUAAGCAACAUUUGAAAAAAUCUAGUGGUAGUGGUAGUGGUAGUAACAAUAAUAAUAAUAAUGAUGAUAAUAAUAACAGUAACGAUAAUAAUAGUGAUAAUAAUAAUAAUGGCACAACAAAUUCAUCAUCGUCAUUACUUCGAAUGGAUGAAUCAGCGGGUGUAAUUGGUAUCAGUGGUAUCAGUGGUGGUGAUAUGAAACAUGGAAUGACAAUAGCAACAGAAGGAGGAGAAGGAGGAGGAGGGAGAGAGGGAGGGGGAGGGGGAGGAGGAGGUGGUGGAGGGAAUCCUGAUAAUGGAUUUAAUAAUAUAUCAUCACGUAAAUCUAUUAUCAUUUGUAAAGAACAACAACAACAACAACAAAAUGCUAAUAAGAAAAAACAAUUAAAUGGAAAAGAAAUUGAGGAACUUGCGAUUGGCUUAAGAAAAUUGAAUUUAACAAAAGAAAAUACUCUUGUGGAACAAUUUAUUACAAGUAAUUUUGAAGAUGGUGAAAUAGGUGGUGCGGUAGGACAAAUGCUCGUGCAUUUCUCUAUUGAAGAGAAUCGACAGGCCGGUAAAGCUGUCGCACGUAUCGCUGCACAACUCCUCAAUUUUGAUACCGCAAACGUUUUUCAUCAGGGUAUUACAGUUGCAUUAAUGCACUAUUUUGAAUGCAGGGAUCGUUUACGUAUCGAUCAUUUUCGGGUUUGGAUUACUUUCCUCAAUUUUGUUUCCGAUUUAUAUGCUAGUGUUGGCUACAUUUAUGAAGGAGAACUUGUCGAUCUUGUUUUUCAUAUUUUUGGCUAUUUGCUCAAAGCACCUAUUCUUGACACAUUAAAAAUUGAAGAGUUGGAAAGUUUAAUUGGUUGUUUGCUCAGUGUUGGCUAUGACCUUGAACGACAAUGUCCUGAACAAUUGGCCAUCUUGAAAGAUCUCAUCCGAGAUGCUUUUAUUGAGGUACAAGAACCAUGGGCACGUAAAAUGAUACUUUUAUUAAUGGAAUUGGGAGCAAGCGGAUGGAAACUUCCACCUGAAGCAAAUGAAUAUUACUUUCAACAUACCAGUUCAUAA